AUGGCAUUAUACUACAACUUAGUGUUUGGCUUGCUCGUAAUUGAGAUGGUCUUCUUCACCAUUUUAUCCUUGCCAUUCCCUAGGAAAGUGAGAAGAACAGUGUUGGCUACCGUGUCCAAGCCCUUUACUUCCGAGCAUGUUCAGAUCAUCACCAAAUGUGUUUUCGGAUUUGUUGCUGUUUUGUUUAUUGACUCUGUCAACAGAGUGUACUCUGUUACUGCUGACCUUAACAACGCCGGUGGCGAACGUGCUGGUCUCGUGGACAGAUCUGAAAUCCAGGCAAGAAAGUUCUACGCACAGAGAAACAUGUACCUUUGUGGCUUUGCAUUAUUCUUGACCCUUCUUACCACAAGAGCUUACUCUUUAGUUGCUGAGUUGGUUUUCACCAAGGACAAGUUGGAUGAUUACAACAAGCAGCAUGGUGACACCGCUCCAAGCAGCGGCAACAGCGAUGAGAUCGCCCAAUUGAAGAAAGAGUUGGCUGCCAAAGACGACGAGUUGUCAGUCUUGAAGGAAAAGGCGGAGGGUUUGUCUAAGGACUAUGAAAGCGCUUCUCAGGUGAAGCCCACCGGCAAUGUCCCUUCUAGUGCUGACGUCGAAGCUGUCACUGACGACAUUACCAGUGCUUCAGCUACAGGUUUCGAAAGGGAGUAA